ACUGAAUCUUCAUGUUUUCAGCAUCUGGUAAUGAUCAUCUAUCAUAGCAGCUUCAUCUUCAGAAGUAGUGACAGAAAGCAAAGGGAAAAGCGUCAUGCCUCCUGUCAACACCUCUCGUCCCUCUCCUAUCACCUUCUUGCUGAUGGGCAUCCCAGGACUAGAGCACCUGCAUGUCUGGAUUGGGAUUCCCUUCUGCUCCAUGUAUGUGGUGGCUGUGGUGGGGAAUGUGACCAUCCUGGCCGUGGUGAAGGCAGAGCGGAGUCUCCAUGAGCCUAUGUUCUUCUUUUUGUGCAUGCUCUCCGUCACUGACCUGGUCCUCUCCACAUCUACACUGCCCCGCAUGCUUUGUCUUUUCUGGCUUGGAGCCCAUGACAUUGCAUUUGAUGCUUGCCUGACCCAAAUGUUCUUCAUCCAUAGCUUUACCACCAUGGAAUCAGGCUUUUUCCUGGCCAUGGCCAUUGACCGUUACGUGGCCAUUUGUCAUCCACUGCACCAUACUACCAUUCUCACCCAUGCGCGCAUCACCAUAAUGGGUAUUAUUGUGGUGAUUCGGGGCGUAGCCUUCUUUUCUCCACAUCCCAUCCUGCUCAGGCAGCUGCCCUACUGCAGAACACGAACCAUUGCCCACACCUACUGUGAGUUCAUGGCUGUGGUGAAGCUGGCAUGUGUGGACACAGGAGCCACCACACGUUAUAGCCUCAGUGUGGCUUCUAUCAUUGGCUCAUGUGAUGCCAUUCUCACUGCUGUAUCCUAUGCCUUCAUCCUGCGCUCUGUAUUCCGGCUGCCAUCCCGAGAAGCUAGCUUUAAGGCUCUGGGCACAUGUGGGUCACAUGUCUGUGUUAUUCUUGUCUUCUAUUCCACAGCAGGUUUUUCCAUUUUCACUCACCGUUUUGGGAAAAAUGUGCCUGCACAUGUCCAUAUAUUUAUUGCAAAUAUGUACCUUUUGGUGCCCCCUUUUCUCAACCCCAUUGUGUACGGAGUAAGGACCAAGAAAAUACAGGAGCAUGUUCUUAGAGCACUAAAGGUCAAAGUUGUCUGA